GGCCGGCCCGGCCCAGCCAGGGCGGGAAGGGAACGGUUGGCGCGGGAGGCAGAGGUGGCCUCGGCCUGAGGGGCCUGAAGGCGGCAUGGAGCCGGGGGCCGAGGACUGCGGGGAGGCUCCCCGCUUAAUGGCCUCCUCCUCCUGGGAAGCCCCCCAGCGGGGCUUGGCCCAGAGCCUGAGCCUGGCCCUGACGGGCCUCGGAGGCCCUGACGGCGGCGGCGGGGGCGGCGACAGCUGGGAAGAAGAGGUGCUGGGGCCGCCGGCGCUGGGUGAGGACCUUGUGCUUUUGAAGAGGAAAGUGGACAAUGAAGAUGAAAGUUCCUGCUUUCUGUAUCUAAAGUGUAGUCCUCACAGAUGUGAAGAAAUAGUUUCACUUGGGAUUUUAAGUGAAGCCAGGAAUAUGGAAGUGUACGCCAGAGAGGAAUAUUGUGGAACCAGUAGAGGAGAGAAUGUUUGUACUGUGCAGCAAAACAGUGAAAAUGAGAUUACUUUGUAUAAGAAAUAUCUAAAAUUAGAAUGUCCCACAGAUUAUUGUAAAAUUAAGCUGCUCUCUUUUGGUGAUAAACAAAGUAUAUUUGUGAGUAAAAUUGUAGUCCAGUUAAAGGCAGGUUCUGCAAAUUCUUCAAUAAGCUUUCCUGCUCUAGGAUCAAGGAUAGAUCUAGACAGAGUUCAAACCAUGAUGGAAUCCAUGGGUUCAAAAUUAUCACCAGGUGCUCAACAACUCAUGAAUAUGGUUCGAUUUCAACAAAGGAAUUGUAUUCCUUUUGGAGAGCAACUUCAGUGUUUCUUGGGAAAGAAAGAACCACCUGUUUUCGGAGAUGAACAUAUACCUGAUGGAUUGCAUAAGUCAACGGCUUCAGGAGUACUAGACAAGUCAUCUUCUACAUCGUUUCCUUUAAAGUCUGGAUUGACAUCUGGAGCAGUCACUGAAGACAUAAAAGCUUACACUGACAAAAACACAGAACUGCCUGCUAGAGGAAAUAUAGGAAGUAUUCCAGAUCUUGAAGAAUGUAAAAGUGUACAACAAAACAAUCUUCUUCCUGAAAAUGAUCUUAAAUUUGUAGUGUCCUCUUGGUUGCAAAAGAAAGCAAAUGAUAACUCAAAUAUACCUAGUUCUGAGCUGCUUCCUUUUCUUCAAAACUUGUGUAGUCAAGUAAACCAUCUCCGUGUAGGAGACAAGAAUAAGCCUCAGGGAAACACCACCAAGCCAAAUGAAGGUGUUGUAAACAUUGGAGUGGAACAGCAACCUGUAUGUUCCUACUUAGAAAAGAUAAUUUCUAAAAAUCUGGAACUGAUGGAGAAGAAACUUAUGGACUAUAUUGACCAGCGUAUGUACAAACUCCAAGAGCAUAUAGAUAAUAAAGUUGUUCUGUUAAUGGACUUGCUGCAAAAUUCCAAUUCUACAUCUACCCGGGUGACACAAGAACAUUAUGAUUCUGGAGAAAGACUCUCGAAUGGCGAGCGAUAACUACUUAAUAUUGUUAGGAGCAAUAGAUGCCUGCUAGACAUAUGCACACAAAACUCAAACCUCCAAAAGGUCUGAGGGAAAUUGAUAUUCAGUUUGAUAUUCUUCCAAGGGUUAUUAUCUGGUUAACAUAAAACAACCUCAGUGUUCAUUUUUUUAUUGCACUUGUUACUGUAAUUCUCAGUAUUGUACGCUAAAAGUUAAUCUGUUAGUGUCAUGAGAUAUUUUUUACUAGCAAUAUUUUUCAUUCUUAUGAGACCUUACUUCUGUGGCUUUAUUGUUUAAAAAGAAGUUGUUUUAAAGGAGCCACUUUUAGAAUUCUAAUUCAGCUAAAGAAAACUUACUGUGAUCUCUACACACCCUUUAAAGAGAAGAACAUUUUUUCUAGACCUUAAUUGCUUUGUAAUUUUUAAAGUUAUGAAAAACUGCUAAAAAAAAAAAAAAAAGAUUUGAUUGAUAUUGUUAAGUUUUGUUUUGUUUCUAAUUGAACAUUGGAAAAUUGUAUAUUCUCAGCAUGGAGACUUGGAUGUUUACAACCUUGGAUGUAGGUUAUAAACCUACAUGGUACUUGAGAUAGAAAAUUAUAUCUAAUGUCGUGGCAUUUGUAAAAUUAAUUAACCAUGGAGUCAUUAACUAACCUUCAAGCCAUGUUGGAUAGAAUAGAGCAGUAGAGAUCAACAUUGGCAUUGGUAGGAUUAUUAUUUUUGACUCUGGUCAUCCUUAAGUCCCGUGUCCAUGGUGUUAAUUUGUGCUUGCUAAUUCUAACCCUAUUCCUAAUUGGUAAAGUGGAAAUUCUUUUUAUGUGCAGGGUCAGUGUCCUCUUUCCACAGUUAUUUGCUGAAGUGGCUCAAUAUAAAAUGAUAUUUUGUAGGAUUAUCAGGGUUUAUGUUAAUGGAGUCAGGGCAUUGCAGGUCUCUUUGGGACAUGUAAUUUUUAGGAUUUACUACUAGUGCAUAUGUUUAAGAAAAUAUAUUCAUUUCUAAAGACAAAUCCAUUCAUUCUGAAAACCACUUAUUUUAGAUGAAUGGAAAUCUAUAUCCCAAAUAUUUGAAUGGUAGAUAAUAUUUUUGCUUAAGGUAAUUUGACUUUUUUUUUUUUUUUUUAAAGAAAAAAGUGAGAUAAGAUAUUUCUUCUUGGUUAAUAAUUUUGUUGAAUUGAUUCCUUAAGCAUGGGCUAAGUGAUCCUAAAUCAUAUAGGGUACUUACUAUAGGAUGUUCAUCUACAAUUAAAACAACAACAAAAAAACCCCAAAUAGUAAAAAAAAAACCUUUUUCCAGUACAUAUUAUUGUGAUUUAGAUUUUGAAAUUAAAAGUAAUGUGAGGAGAUAUAAUAGAGAAUCUUAAAAACUCUUAGUCUAAUUUUGUAAAUUAGAACUUUUGAAAAAGUGAAUCUGUUUUCAUUAGAAUGUGUAAAAAGCAAGAUGCAGAGGAUUGCCAGUUUUCUUUUUUGUCCUUUUUGUGUGCAAAAUAUCUUACCAAAAAUACUGUGUUCAUCUUUUUGGAUUGUAUUUAUUUGAAACAGUCUUGGUAUUAUUUAUUAUAAAAUAUAUAUGUGUUUACCAGUAAUUUUGGUGAAUUUUACUCCUGUAGCCUUAAUGGGGACAUGGAUUUCUUUGUGAGGCAGUAUAGUGGGCUGUUCAAUUUAAGGUAUAUCUUAAAAGAGGUUUCAUUAAAUGAAAUAUACUUUCACUAAA